GUUUUGUGUUUUGAAAGCCUUUCAACCCCAUCAUUCAUACCCUCUGUCCUCCUCAGUCAAUGCUGAACUGAUUCCUCCUGUGCAUUGUCAAUUAACGAUACCUUUGCCCAUAACUCAUAGGGCUCGGUCCAGGCUCUAAUCCCAAUGAAGACGCCACCAAUCGGUGCGGACUUGUCGUUCGACCAGCUGCUAGGAGCAUUAUCAUGGAAGUUAGAGUCAUUGGACCUCAGAGAUCGCUCCGAACUGCGCGACCAGUUCAAGCCUCACAUUUCUACACUUCGGAAAGUUCACAUAUCUCUAGGAGCAAUCCAUAACGCCUUCCUCCCCAUUCAUCAUCUCCCCGCAGAAAUCUUGGGUGACAUACUUAAAUUAACCAUCCCGAUUACACCACCAUUCGAUUCCCCACAAUGGAUGUUUCCAGUGUCCGACCCACGCUUCACUCGGAAGCGGUCCAAUGAACCAGCUCGUCAUGUCUUUGGGCUAUCGCGUAUCUGCCGAUUUUGGCGAGAUGUGACCUUCUUUCAUCCGUUAUUUUGGUCAAGAAUCGAGUCUCCAAAGCCCAAAUCUGAAGGAGAAUGGAAUUUGAUUAAUGCCUGCCUCGCAAGAUCAAGAGAUGCCUACCUCCAUGUAUCGGACAUCGAUUUCACUAUGUGGAACGCCAUUGGAGACCACUCACGCCGACUGCGUUACUAUUCCCUUAAUUUCAGUAAGGAUAGCUCACCGACGUCCAUCACUCGAUAUUCUGUGCCGAAUCUUGAGCGUCUUCUACUUGAUAACAAUGGCCGCAUGAAUAUUGGCCACAUUGAACAGAUAUCUUCUCUAUUUGAGCCAGAGAUGCCGGGAUUGCGACGUCUGUAUCUACGAGGGUUCACCUCCUGGGCAAACCUCCAAUUUUCGCACUUGACGCAUCUCGCGCUAUGCAAACACAGUGACCCGAGCGUCCACAUGGACCAGUUUCACGACCUCUUGCGAGAUUGCCCCUUCAUGGAGGUCUUGAUCCUGGAAAACUGGUAUCCUAGAGGAGAGGAAUCUAGUGAUCGGAUUCGAAGCCCUAUUGUCCUGGGCGUGCUUCGUCGGCUGGUGAUGGAACAGGCUACAAUGCAAACAAUCACGACCUUCAUGUCGCAUUUGAACUUUCCGCCAACCACAGCCAUACGUAUGAGUGUCCGCACCCCACCAGGCAACGAACCUCUCCCUCUGAUCAUUCCUUACGGGGUAUUCGAUUGCGCACCCUUCACAGAGAGCCGCUGUAUUUCCAUCACAUUAUUGCCCCACUGGGACAAAGCCUCGCUUGCGUUCUUUGUGCUUGACGAAACACACAAGUCAGGAUUUGCAUCCACCGUGCGGAAUAUCAUCCGACCCACUGAAUGCACGUCCUUGUGUCUCAAAGCUGCCCUUCCGAUGAUCAAUCUCACCCGCAUCCAGGAGCUUUCUCUCGACCUCGGCCUUUUACCCGACGUCGUCAAUUGGAAGGCGAUGUUCGAGCUUAUGCCGUACAUCAGGGUCCUAUCGGUCAUCGACCGUCAUCUGCCGAAUUGUAUUGGCCAUCUUCGGGACGGCUUGCUGCCUUUCCUCGAGGUGCUCCGGCUGAUGCAGACGCUAGAAUGGGCGGUAGACCCUUUGCCCCCUCCACAGGCCCAGAAUCACGCAUUUGGAUCCCGGGCUGCUCUGGAGGAGCUCGUAUCGCAGAGGGAGAGAGACGGUCGCCGGUUGAAGGAGAUUCAUGUGCGGCAGUGGUCUAUCACGCCGUUGGACCUCGGGGAGAUACGCCAACACGUCGAUGGCCUUUUUAUUUCCAGCCCAUUGCCUCGACACGCUCGAUAUACCUCUGAACUUCCUUUUACCCUUUCUGAUCCCUGGAUAAGAGAAUGGGAUGCGUAGUGACCUCGAUGUCGUUGAUAGUGUAGGAUCUAAGUGUAUUUUUGAGGCGAUUCAGUUAGCAAGUACAUAAUAUAUGGUUAUCGGG